CUCCUGCCUUCACCCUCCUAACUCUCUCUCUCUUUCAGACUUGACAAAGCAAAAAACUAUCUUUGUUUUCUGUCUUCUCCUGGAAAAGCCAUGGAUACUCAGCGAAGCCCUCUUCUCACUUGUGCCUACUACUGCCAGGGAAAGGGUAUUGUGAAACUUUGACGAUGCAGUCAAUGGAGGAGUUGAGGCAGUCGCUUUUGUAUACCACUCUGGAGCUUGAACAAACAAGGGCUGCAGUCCAAGAGGAGCUCAAAAAGAGGGAUGACCAGCUGCUCAAUCUGAAGGAUCUGCUCGACAGGGCCGUGAGAGAAAGGGACGAAGCACAAGAGGAAUGCCAGAGACUUAUCUUCGAGAAGCUCGUCUUCCAGCAGCACCAAACGGCUCCUCUGUCUGGGAUUUCCAGCAUUGAAGAUGAACCCAGAAGAGGAAUUGACUCCAACAAUGGCCUUUCAUCAUCCGAUUGUGAAGAAAGCAUUGUCUCGUCUCCGGUCAUUGAUCGGAUGCCUCAGCCCCAAUUACCCCCUCCGCCGGCUCCGGCGCCACGAUCUAUCACGCAAUCCACGAUUGAGCUGGUGCAGGACAAGCCAUUACCGGAAAAGGGAAAGCUUCUGCAGGCGGUGAUGAAAGCCGGGCCUCUGCUCCAGACUCUGCUCCUGGCAGGACCACUCCCUCAAUGGAGACACCCGCCCCCGCCGCUAGAAUCCUCAGAGAUUCCCCCGGUGACCAUCCCGUCACCACCUUCCGCGCCGGCGCCACCGCAGCUCCUCCACCAGGAUUCCUUCAUGAAUGCCACCAACUGCGGAAGAAUCAGCAGAAAAAGGGCAUUGUGUGACGGGUCUGACUCUCCCAUGGACACCAAGUACCAAAGGGUUGUACUUCAAUGACCGCAACUAGGUUGGAUUUGCUCACGUAGCGUUUUUGGGAGAUUCAUAUAUAUAUAUAUAUAUAUAUUUACAAGUCGAUAGGAUUUAAGGGUUAGAGCGACUCAUCUAGCACAUGUACAGUGAUUGUUCUAGAAAAGAAGUUAACCGAGUGCUUUGAUUUUAGGCUUUCUAGCAAUAUUUUGGGAAGUUUGAAGAAUUGAUCCUUGGCAUUUUCUCUUUCACCCUCAACUUUUGGCUUUUGAGGUGAAAGGACGAGUUUGAAACAUUGAAGUUUGAUUUAUCCAUGCAAGUGUAAUGUAAUGUAACUAGGAUACUGAAGUCAGUGAAUGAUGCGAGAGAGAGAGUGUGUGUGUGGAGAGAGAUUGAUCUAAUUAAGAUCACAUCAAACAAUUAAAAGAGGAGAUGGGCGUGGUUGUGGAGUCGUUGGGGUUGGGAGAUUGGGUGUGACCAACAAGAGGAGGUGAAGCCUGAAGUUAGUUGAGCUCUGCAUGUCGGGUCGGGCGGACCCACAAAUCAGGGCACGGAUUCAUUGCUGGUGUGAUGUAUGAUUAUAUCGAUAUUUAUAUAAAAAACCCUAUUCUCAGGGAAUUCAUGAGUAGUAA